UUGGUCACCUUUUGCUGCGCGGGGUUGCGUAGGUUGAGAAAGUAUAACAAAAUAAACCAAGUGCUCUGACUAGCAUCUAUUUUCUUUUGCAAAAUCCAAUCAAAAAUGUGGCCUGUUUAAAACUUUUAAGCCCUAGCGAUUGCUUUCAUGGCUGAGCUAUACAUUCUCGGAGAGCUACGCCACACAACCGACUACGAGGAACCGAAUCUGUUCUGCAAGUGGAGUAUUCAGUUUGGUUCCUGCUGGAAGGUUAUCGAAGGCCACUCUGAAGGUCAGAGUUGUGCCAGUACGGCACGAGUCGAGGAACGGUCCUAUUUCAGUACUCCGAUAGAUUUGCACCUAGCCUGCCGGGGGAUUCAGGGUUGGCCGAAGCUUCACGUCGAAGUUUUUGCGUUAAACUCACUCAACGACUACUGGCCGGUGGGAUACGGUUUUGCCUAUCUACCCAGCCAGCCGGGAACGCACCGAGUUCGCAUAGCAACGUGGAAAGUUUCUUCGGCAAAGUUUUUCGACACGAUCCGGGAGAAAUUCCACACCGGAGGUUUUACGGUGGCCAAAAGUGAUAUCGUGUUUUCCGGAAUUGAACGCUAUAAACUGCUCACAAAAUCGGCUGGCAUUGUGGAGUUUGAGUUGAUGUUGAUAUUUAAGAACUUUGCUGAAAAUGGAGUGGAAUUGCGGUAG